GCCAGAUGCUUUCUUGGUGAAGCUAGAGCCAAGGGGAAAUUUGCAUCCUUCAGAACAUCACCCCAAAACUUGCCCCUUUAAACUUUUUGUUUACCCAUCCGUUAACAUGUCCAGAGCUGGAAUGAACGCACCCUUUUUUUCUCAAAUACAGAGAAGACUACAAGCAGACGACUGAUGGUGAGAGUAAAAACCACUGAGGCAAAGUUACCGUGAAGGGAUGGAACAAGGCACUAGGACCUAGGAGGCGUCUCAUCCACCCUGGCAGGAAUUUCUUGCUUGGAGCUCAGACAACAAAGGCAGAGUGAGCCUGGUUUUCUUUCUCUCAGCAUCUCCACCCUGCGCGCUGAAAACCGCUUCAGAUCUUUAGGGUUCACCAAACUAUGGAACUUGAUUUUGGACACUUUGACGAAAGAGACAAGGCGUCCAGAAACAUGCGAGGCUCACGUAUGAACGGGUUGCCCAGCCCCACUCACAGCGCUCACUGUAGCUUCUACAGAACCAGGACCUUACAGGCACUGAGUAACGAGAAGAAAGCCAAGAAGGUGCGUUUCUAUCGCAACGGGGACCGCUACUUCAAGGGGAUUGUAUAUGCCGUGUCCUCUGACCGCUUCCGAAGUUUUGAUGCUCUCCUGGCUGACCUGACCCGGUCCCUGUCCGACAACAUUAAUCUGCCUCAGGGAGUCCGUUACAUUUACACCAUCGAUGGGUCGCGGAAGAUCGGGAGCAUGGAUGAGCUGGAGGAAGGGGAGAGCUACGUCUGCUCAUCUGACAACUUCUUCAAGAAGGUGGAAUACACCAAGAAUGUCAAUCCCAACUGGUCUGUCAAUGUGAAGACAUCUGCCAACCAGAAAGCACCUCAGUCUCUGGCCAGCAGCAACAGCGCUCAGGCAAAGGAGAACAAAGAUUUUGUGCGUCCCAAGCUGGUAACUAUCAUCCGCAGUGGGGUGAAGCCCCGGAAGGCAGUCCGUGUGCUCUUGAACAAGAAGACUGCUCAUUCAUUUGAGCAAGUUCUCACCGAUAUCACUGAAGCUAUAAAACUGGAGACGGGAGUGGUCAAAAAGCUGUAUACCUUGGAUGGGAAACAGGUGACCUGUCUCCACGAUUUCUUUGGGGAUGAUGAUGUGUUUAUCGCCUGUGGUCCAGAAAAAUUCCGCUAUGCACAGGAUGACUUUUCUCUGGAUGAAAGCGAGUGCCGGGUGAUGAAAGGGAGCCCUGCGACGGCCACGGGCAGUAAGUCAUCUCCCACCCCUCAGAAGAGCUCAGCAAAGAGUCCAGCCCCCAUGCGCCGGAGCAAGUCUCCAGCCGAUUCAGGUAACCAUCAAGAUGCAAAUGGGACCUCAAGCAGUCAGCUGUCUACACCCAAAUCAAAGCAGUCCCCGAUCUCCACACCUACCAGCCCAGGGAGCCUCCGUAAGCACAAGGACUUGUAUCUGCCUCUGUCUUUGGAUGACUCUGAUUCCCUGGGAGAUUCCAUGUAAAGUGACACGAAGCUAAAUGUCCAUAUUGCAAGCUAUGUUUAAGAUACAGUAGAGUACUUCUGCCAAAAUAAGCAGAUAGGUGACUGGUGCUUUCAAAUCAGACAAAGGACACACAGUUAUAUGGCAUUUUUUUUCUGUGAUUUAUCCUCCGUGCCACAAAUCAACACCUACCAGUCUAUAGAGAUAGAGGGAUACCAUUCUUCUGAGUUAUAGAGAUGCAAAAUGGACAUUGCGAGAAAUUUGGGGCCAAUAUGCCAAUGAUCCUGUCCAUUUCCCAUUUUCUUCUAUUAUUUUUUCUGCUGCUGCAACUAUGUAAUUUUCCUAGUGAUAGUAAAGUAGCUCCCCCUGGAAGUGUGCAAAUGGAUCGCUUGCUGACCAAUUUGCAAGCUCAAGUAGAGCAAAUGAUACUCUCCACCUGUCCAAACUGCCAAUGUUUGCCAGCUCACCUGCUCCUCAUUUGCAGCCCUGAUUUUAGCACCUGCAUACUAACUAGUAUUGUUUUUAUUGUUGGAGGGCAGGAAGGGAAAUGACUUACUAGUUUGAUGCUUAAUAUGCCAGCAGAAGCUUGGAUGAGAUUAGGAAUCGUUGCUUAAGAUGCUAAGUAAGGUUAGUACAACAGUGAUUCAUAUAUUGGGAUUUUUUUUUUUUUUUAAAUGAUUAAGUAAAAAAAAUGUAAGUCAGCUGAGUUAUCUGGAGUGGAACACCUUUCACAUAUGAUCCAAAGAUACUGCUAGCUGGUCACAAAUUUUUAUACCUACCCUAUGGUAUCUCUCUAUCUCUGUUUGUAACAGUAAUGCCUUGUGAACAGCCAACACUGAAAACACUGUGAAAAUUUGUUUUCAGGUUUGACACCCUAUAGGUCACUUUUUAUAGCAAAAAAUCAAUACACUUUUUAUAAAGGAAAACCUUGUAUCUGUGUUUUGGGAGUAAGGAUUCAAGCUCCUUCUUUUUUAUAAAAGCUGGUAAUUUUCUUUUGUUUAAAAAACACAUUCAGAAAAAUGUACAAAAAAAACCAACCAACAACUGCAGAACAGUACUAACAACAACUCAGUUUAGAAAACUUGUCAUCACUGCCAAAACAGACACUCGUAGGGGGAAAAAAAGGUCAAUUCAAAAUAUUGAAUGUUUUGAUAGUUUUUGUAAUGUUUAAGACUACAUAUUUGGUUUUUUACACUUCAGUAUUCCUACCUAUGGCCAGAUUCUCUACUUAUAUAACAAAUGGAAUUUUGUGGUGUUCAAAAACCCGUAUUUUAAGAAACUCUUCUAUCUGACAAAAACAAACUUACUGUAUUUAGAGAAAUCUUUUGCUUUUAUUAAUCAGUAAUGACUCCUACAGAAUGCAAAGUUCAUCUAUUCACGCAGGGCUGGUGGUUUUUACUACGCCGAAGCUUUGUCAUAGGCUAGCUGGCAUUGCCUCCCUUUCUCAAGGAAUAAGCUUUCGAUGAAACUGAUUAUUACAGAACUUUACCUAAAUGAAAUCUGUGCAAUCAAAUCUUUCUUUGUUGCUCUAUUUGCCUUUGUUUCAACAUUCAUACCUAUUCCCUAUUGCCUUGCAACCCCUUGUGAUUAGAAUGAACUAUAAUGUUGUGAUGUUUGAUGCUACAUAAAUGCUGGGUUGUUCCCAAAGCCGCUCCACAUUUUGUUUGCUUGCAUUGCUGGUAUAAAACAAUCUGUGCAGGUUGCAUCUUUAGAGGUUCAUGUGAUGAUACAUAUAAUGCAACUUAAAAAAAAGAUUUAUCUGAGAGAGGCCAGGAUUGGGAAUUAUCAAGGGGUCAGAGUUGUCAUGCACCAAAUUUGCACCCAGUAGUCUUAGUGCAUGAUCAUUUACACCCAGAGUUUUGCACAAGAAAUCAUUCGUUCCCACAAAUAACUUCAUUUAAUUGAAUAACUCUCUGGCUACGCGACUGCUAAAUGAUCGUUUCACCUAUUGUAUAUAGAAUCCUGGUUUUAGUUCAAAGGCUAAGGGCUCAUGUUGAAGGUUUGUGGGGAGAGGAUGGUAGUGUGGACAAAGCGUAGGUACAGUAGUCAGGACACCUUCAUUCAGCCCUUGGCAUUGCUAAAUUUAGUGUCUGAACGGGAGCAGGUCUCUUAGUAACCCUGUGCCUCAAUCUGUCUAUCUGUCCCUACAGGGACAAUACUGUUCUACCUCACUGGGGGUUGUGAGGCCAAAUGUUGCUUAACGUUUGUAAAGUGCUUUCAGAUCCUCUAACAGAAGGUGCUGAAGUAUUCUUGGUGCAGAUUUGGUUAUGGGUGCUAAUUUUUGGCUGUUUAAUCCUGUGGGUGCUACUGUAGAUACUGGUCAUGAAAAAAUAGGACUUUUUAAGCGUAAGGAUGUCAAAGGCCAUGGUUAUGCUAACAACACUAUUCAUCAGAGCUUUUGUCUUAGUAAAAGCUUUAGUUGGAUAGAUAAUUUGACAUGCUUUUACCCUCUCCUCUGUUGGUGGAAAUCUCAGAGUCCCUCCCCAGGUCUCUGCUUUUCCAGGGACCCUGACUAGUAGUCAGGACCCUGCCUGUAAGAGAUGAUGGACUUGGACUCCAGUCAAAGGUGUUGUCACUUCAGUGACACAGGCCAUUCCUGUCAUAGUCAGGGUUACCGUGUCCUGCCACCUUUCCUCUGAGUCUCUGCUAAACCCAGAGACCAGCCAUGAAAUCAAAUCUAGGUUCUCUCGCUAUUCAGUACGGGACACUCACCCCAGAUCCACCAGGAAAACCUAAAUCUUUGAUAGCCAUAAGCAGACUGAACUGCUAGAGCUGAUGGUGGUAGGAAAGGAGUCCAAGUUGUACUUUCAUCCAGUAUCCAUGAGUUCAGUUUGUAUAAGAUAAAGCAGGAUCCCAAGGGGUGAAUGACCCUUUGGAUGGAUGGUUGUUGAGGUAGCUGUUGAGAAGUGGUUCCUUUCCUUCUGACCACAAGUCAUGUUUGGUUAUUUGAAGAUGCUCUUCUUGGUGGAGAGUGCUAGGGAAUCACUGAGGUCUUCUUCCUGAGCUGCACCUAGUGACACAUCUAAAAUCCGAUCCUGCAAGUGCUCCCUUGGGAGUAGUUUUGUCUGCAUGAGGAUCAUCCUGGGGUGGGGCUGAGCCCAACAAUUCCUUCAGGGAAUUAGGGGCACCUUGAAAAGGCCUAAAAGAAGGGAAAAAAAAAAAUUGUUCAGUGGGAAAAAUAGCCAUUCAAACCAGUAGCAGCCACAAAGAAAACAGGGUAUGAGGUCAAACUCCCAAGUUUUAAAAAGCAAUUUUCUAGGUAGAAAUGCCUGGGCAGUAGGAGAAGUCAGUGAGUAUUUCAGCUGUAACAUAUAGUUAAGUCUGUAUUAAUGCCAAUAUUGCAUGAGUUCUUGUACAGAAAUGCAUGUGGAAUGUUACCUCCAUUCAAAACUAGUUAUCUUUGGCUUUGUAGGAUCCCUAACAUAGAUUUUAAUACAAAGAGAAACAAUGCACAAGCAUCAUACCGUAGUCAUUUAAAUGUAAGGACAGCCCUGAUUCAGGAAAGAACUUAAAGUCAUGCUUAAUUUUUAGCAUGUGCUUUACUCCUGUUGAUUUUUCACGAGAGAUAAGCUUGGGUUUGGUCAGAAAGCUUUCUUGAACUGGAAUGAAUUAGUAAUUACUUUCAAUAUACUAUAAUAAUUCCAGACCCUAUGAGAUCCUGGAGCAGAUGAUAGUAAUUUCACUAUAUACUCCAGAGUUUACCUUUUAUUUUUUUUCUACUUUUACAAGCACAUAAAACUCCACAGGAUAUGAGGAUUUGCCAUAUUAAUUCUGCUAUAAAAACCCUGUCUAAUUUGCCUCAUGAGGCUGCCUUUAGUGUUUUCGGAGACUAAUUGAAUCACUAAGACUACAUUGUUUUAAAACAAUAAAGUAUUUAAAAGCAAGUUGGAGAGACUCUUAAAGUAGUAGGGCUUUGUUUCCUUGAAAUCUGUCUUUAUUCAGUAUCCAGUAUAUUUUAGCAAAUUUGCAUAUGCAGUAAAAAUACCUGUUUCAGACACACAAUCAUUAGGAAGGAAUUAGAGCAAUCCUCCAAGUAUAGACUGAUGUAUUUAGUAUUCGUACAUUCCAGUGAUGGUCUUGACUGUAGAAGAUCAGGGCAAUGCAGCAAAAUCUUCAGCCUUAGGAUUUCUGUCACUUGUAAAGCAUUUAUAAUCCUGAAGUUUCUGGGUUAAAGCCUCAUCUGGUAUAAGAUUUGGAGCUAGUUCAGUUCCACCAGCUAAAUAGCCAACCAAGACUCUACACCUUGAAGUAAUUUUGGAAGAGUUUGGUAAUGGGAUUUUACCUUGGUCCACUCUACAGUGGGAGAUGGAAAUAGCUUUUGCCUACCAAUGUCUGUGUUUCCUGUAUCUGCGCAUUAUUUACAAUCUUGGGAGCUAGAAACACUAAUUGUGUUAUCUUCAUAGACAACAGAAAAAUAAUUCUGCUUAGAAAAAACUGCCACAUCUCUUUCACAUUUAGCUAACGCACAUAUGCAUGCAAAAAAUCUCACAUCCAGUCUAGCUGUUAUUCCUCUCUCAUUUGCUUGAACACUAUUUUUGAAGGGAAAAAAGGGAGGUAGGACCAAAAAUUGUGGCAAACAGCAAACAAUGUUACACCCAGGCAUUUUUAAUAGGAAAUAAUGGCAUAAAGUAUUAGUUUGUCCUUAUCCAUACGGAUACUGAUGACGUUUUCUAGGAUGCCUUGCGUUUGCUUUUUCAUGCCUUUGAGGUCAGUGCUGGUCUUUUUGCUGCUUCACAGAACACCUUGUGAAAUUGCUCUGUAAUGCCAUGCUGAACCCCUACACAGACGCUGUUCCAGCGACAGCCAUCCCUGGAAGUUGCAUCCUCUCUGCAGGGGCACGGUAUGGACUUUACAGUAUGAGACUCCUUUAUUGCAGUGAGAGCACGUGAGUGUAUUUUGUUAUUGACUUCAGUGGUACACCACAUCCAUUCAAGGCAAUUGGAGAGUUGUCUUUUACUAUAGUAGAGGCAGAAUCUUUUUUAGAGAAAGGAAGAAAAAAUAGCCAAGUAAAGUAGGUAUAAAAUUAGUCCAGAAAGUGUCUCCUCAAGCUAAGACAAUCCACAACCAGAGAAAAGCUAUAUAGAGGUGCAUUUACCACACACGAGGUGCUGAUCAUAACCAAGACGGAACAAAACAGCUUCUUUUUUCUAGUGGUGAUUUAGGCUCAAAGUUAUUUUUCUGGUUGCUGAUGGAAGCAGGCUGGAACAGUAUUUGGGACUGGUGAGGUUCUUUGUAGAAGCAAAUGGAUGGCAUAAGAUGAAGAUCUUCUGUCUAUCUAGAUAAAGAGUGAGGUCAGUCCAUGCAACAGGGUUAGUGCUUUGCACGAGAUACCUAGAAGAGAUCCAGCUGAAACACCACCUUGGUGUAACGAGACCAAGAAGGUUAAGACUUUAAGUGCCUUCCAACACGCUUUGGGCUUCAGAAGCGGGACUAUACAUGUGCCCAACAAGGCCUACGUAAAAAUGGUCUUGACAAAAGGGGACAGGACAGACUUUGACUCUUGAGAUAUUUAGCCCAUCUUGCAUUUAUUCAGCCAGAAUCACAGAUUUCUUCUGGCUGAUGCCUCUGUCCCAUCUGUAUGAAUCUGAGCAGGCCUCUCCAUGGUAUCUCAGGAAAUGUUAAAGCUGAGUCUUGUGUCUCACAGUGCAGCCACUCCUCACUGAUUGCGGAGUGAACUGGGCUGGGUUCUGCUGCAUUGGUUAUUGAUUCUGUCGUUCAGAUAUUCUUCACCCUCCUUCUUUGCUCCUGGCUUGAGAUCUGGCAUCUCUCAUUCCGGGUGCCUCCAGGUGAAAGGCUGGGGCUAGCAAUAUGUAUAGACCCCUCUUUUUGUUUUGUUUUCUUUCCUCUGGAACAGAUCUAGUCAUUUGAUAUUUGUCUGAAGGUCUGGGGCCAAGCUGACAAACAACAUGUUUUAAUAGGGAGAGGGGAGAUGCUCAGAGAUUGUAAGUGGGCAGAUGGAAAGGCUUUUUUUCAGCAAUACCAUUGCAUAGCUGCUCUGACAGAAUCCCAGUUGCAGAGUAGGGUAUGGGUGCUACAUCUGCAGGUGAAAAUGCAGAGCUUUGGGGUCACAG